ACAGAAUGUCCUGGUUCAGUGGUUUCUUAGUCGCCAGGGUGGACGAUCGCAAGACUGCGUGGGGGGAGCGCAAUGGCAAGAAGUCCAAACGGAAGGGAGGCUCAUCUCUCUGCAACCCGCGUUACAUGAGCUGCCUGCGGGACCCUGAUGCUAUGGAGCCACCCUCUGGAGCCCCUCUCCAUCAGCAGCACCACCGAGGGGGGCUGGCAGGGGUGGGAGCCGCUGGAGGCGGGGGCAACUUUGGUGUCCGCUGUGGCUGGCAGGAGGACCACUACGGCAAAAGGGGAGGGGCCCCCAGCGAAGGUGUGGGCCUGAAAUCCGUCGACCUGGGCUUCGAAGACGGGGACCUGAAAGCGAGGAAGGGGGGCUGCGGUGGAGGGAGUGGUGUUGUGGGCGAGGAGGGUCCAAACGGGGCGGUGGUGACGGCUGCAGACUGCUGGCUCAGGGUGGUGCGUGUGUUCCAGUCCAAAAAGUUCCAGUCCCGCAAACUGGAGCGGCUGUACCAGCGGUACUUCUUCAGGCUGAAUCAGAGCUCCUUGACUAUGCUGAUGGGGGUUCUGGUGAUCGUGUGCGGCGUGAUGCUGACCUUCCACUGUGUCCACCCCCAACCUCACGUGGCCUACUCCUCCGCCCUGUCGGUGGCGAUGGCCCUCUUCAUGGCUCUCAUGGUGGUGUGCAACCGCAACGGCUUUCACCAGGACUACAUGUGGAUGGUCAGUUACCUGGUGAUCGGAGUGCUGGUGUCCGUGCAGGUGUUCGGGGUGCUGAUGGUGGCCCCCCGCAGUGCCUCGGAGGGCAUCUGGUGGUCGGUCUUCUUCAUUUACAUCAUCUACACGCUGCUGCCUGUCAGGAUGAGAGCGGCUGUGCUGAGCGGAGCGGUGCUCUCCAUCAUACACCUGGUCACCAUGUGGCAGAUCAACCAAGAGGACAAGUUCCUCUGGAAACAGGUGAGCGCCAACGUUCUGAUCUUCCUGUGCACCAACAUCAUUGGAAUCUGUACCCACUACCCUGCCGAGGUGUCCCAGAGACAGGCCUUCCAAGAGACCAGAGGAUACAUCCAGGCCAGACUACACCUGCAGAGAGAGAACCAACAGCAGGAACGACUGUUGCUGUCUGUGUUGCCGAGGCAUGUUGCCAUGGAGAUGAAGGCUGACAUCAGUGCCAAGAAGGAAGACAUGAUGUUCCAUAAGAUCUACAUCCAGAAACAUGACAACGUCAGUAUUUUGUUUGCAGAUAUUGAGGGCUUUACCAGUUUAGCCUCUCAGUGUACAGCUCAGGAGCUGGUCAUGACCCUCAAUGAACUAUUUGCUCGCUUCGACAAGCUGGCGUCGGAGAACCACUGUCUGCGUAUUAAGAUUUUGGGUGAUUGUUACUAUUGUGUGUCUGGGCUGCCUGAACCCCGGGCGGACCACGCCCACUGCUGUGUGGAGAUGGGUGUUGACAUGAUCGAGGCCAUCUCGCUGGUGCGUGAGGUGACAGGGGUCAAUGUGAACAUGCGCGUGGGCAUCCAUAGUGGGCGUGUGCACUGUGGGGUGCUGGGACUCAGGAAGUGGCAAUUUGAUGUGUGGUCAAAUGAUGUCACGCUAGCUAACCACAUGGAGGCUGGAGGCAAAGCAGGGCGCAUCCACAUCACCAAAGCCACGCUUCAGUAUUUGAAUGGGGACUACGAGGUGGAGCCCGGGUUUGGAGGGGAAAGGAACGCAUACUUGAAGGAGAACAGCAUUGAGACCUUUCUGGUCCUCGGCUGCAGCCAGAAACGGAAAGAGGAGAAGGCGAUGAUGGCCAAGAUGCAGCGGACGAGGGCCAACUCCAAUGAGGGACUGAUACCACGCUGGGUCCCGGAUCGAACCUUCUCCCGGACCAAGGACUCCAAGGUCUUCAGGCAAAUGGGGAUUGAUGAGACUUCUAGUAAAGACAACCGCGGCGUUCAGGAGGCCAUGAACCCGGAGGACGAGGUGGAUGAAUUUCUGGGGCGAGCUAUCGACGCUCGCAGCAUCGACCAACUUAGAAAAGAUCAUGUUAAGAAGUUCCUGCUCACCUUUCAGACCCCAAUGUUAGAGAAAAAGUAUUCCAAGAAGGUCGAUGAUCGCUUUGGAGGUUACGUUGCCUGUACCCUUCUAGUAUUCUGCUUCAUAUCUUUCAUACAGAUUGUUAUAUUUCCACACACCCCAGUCAUGCUGGGAAUCUACAUCAGUAUCUUCAUCAUACUCGCCAACAUCCUCUUCAUCUGUGCCAUAUAUUCUUGCAUUAAGCUCUUUCCAGCUGCAAUGCAGACCGUUUCCAAGAAGAUUGUCCAGUCUCGCACCAACAGCACCCUAGUUGGAGUAUUUACCAUUGUCCUUGUCUUUAUCUCUGCCUUUGUCAACAUGUUUGCCUGUGACACUAAAAGCUUGGUGGACUGUGUCGCUGAGACGCUGAACACCUCAGCCUCCAUGGUGACGCCUUGUCUGAUCCGUAGCUUGAACGUGUCUGUGGAAGGGGGUCUAGAAAUCUGCCCGAGCCGAGGCCCCUCGUGUCCCUUUCCUGAAUAUUUCAGCUACAGCGUGCUGCUUACGCUGCUCGCCUGCUCAGUGUUCCUGCAGAUCAGCAGUAUAGGGAAGCUGGCCCUCAUGCUGCUCAUCCAGCUCACCUUCCUGCUGCUGGUAGAGUGGCCACAGGUGGCGCUGUUCGACAACGCAGACCUCUUUGUCACCUCCAAUGCCCUGUCCAGUUUCAAUGAAACUACAGACUGCCCAUUUGUUGUGACCAAAGUGUCCCUGAAGGUCAUGACCCCAGUGAUCCUCACAGUCUUUGUCCUGGCACUGUACCUGCACGCCCAGCAGGUUGAGUCGACUGCACGCCUCGACUUCCUCUGGAAACUACAGGCCACAGAGGAGAAAGAAGAGAUGGAGGAGCUGCAGGCCUACAACCGUCGCCUCCUCCACAACAUCCUGCCCAAGGACGUGGCCGCCCACUUUCUGGCCCGCGAACGGCGGAACGACGAGCUCUACUACCAGUCCUGCGAGUGUGUGGCCGUCAUGUUCGCCUCCAUCAGCAACUUCUCCGAGUUCUACGUGGAGCUGGAGGCCAACAACGAGGGGGUGGAGUGUCUCCGGCUCCUCAACGAGAUCAUCGCCGAUUUUGACGAGAUCAUCAGUGAAGAGAAGUACAGGCAGCUGGAGAAGAUAAAGACUAUCGGUUCCACCUACAUGGCAGCGUCUGGCUUGAACGACUCCACAUAUGACAAAGAGGGCCGUUCCCAUAUCACUGCACUGGGCGACUACGCUAUGAGGCUGAGGGAACAGAUGAAAUACAUCAAUGAGCACUCCUUCAACAACUUUCAGAUGAAAAUAGGUCUCAAUAUUGGACCUGUGGUGGCAGGGGUCAUUGGAGCACGAAAGCCACAAUAUGACAUUUGGGGGAACACAGUUAAUGUGGCCAGUCGUAUGGACAGCACAGGAGUACCUGACCGCAUCCAGGUGACCACAGACCUAUACCAGGUGCUUGCAGGCAAAGGGUACGUGCUUGAGUGUCGUGGAGUUGUUAAGGUCAAAGGUAAAGGGGAAAUGACGACCUAUUUCCUGAAUGAUGGACCGCCUAACAGUUAGCAGCCAUCACAACAGCAGUUGCUGGGCUCAUCCCUGCUGCAAGGACACAGCACCGCUGAGCGAGGACUCACCAUGUGAGCCACCGGCUGAUAAUCUAAUGCCACCACUUGAAAUGCGAGCAAUGAGGAAGUGACUUUGAGAUUUUAAAACUUCUGAAGGAAGAGUAUUCUUGUUUGGCAAAGGACAAGUGUUUUUCUCAUGUCUAGCCUCUCUCUCAGGCUUCUUGAA